AUGGAUCUCAAAAUUGUGCCACUAAGUUUAAGUCUAUUCUGUGCAUUUAUAUCAAGUGAAGCUUCUUUAUACAAUCUUGCAGCUGUUGAUUUAGGAUUAGGUUCAAAUUGUACACUUAGAAAUAAUGAGGAAGGAUAUUGUGAGCAAUAUACAAAGUGUGAAUAUGCACAGCUUAUGUAUGACAUUCAGAAAACAUCAGAAAUAAAGUUCUGUACAACUGGUGGAGUUCAAUCACUUGUCUGUUGUCCAAAAAAAGAUCAAACAUCAUUUCCAUUAGUAUCAAAUAAACUUGUCAGGGAAAAGCCGUCGAAAUUUCAAAAAGCUUUGUGCAAUGAUGAUCAAAUUGUCUACAAUAUUGAUAAUCAGAUUGACAAAGGAGUAAAUGCAGAAAUAGGAGAAUUUCCAUUUCAAGCUGCAAUCGGAUAUAAAAGUGAAGGUGGAGAAGAUUUAGAUUUUUAUUGUGGAGGAUCAUUGAUUGCUGAUGAUAUUGUGUUGACAGCUGCGAAUUGCGUUAGUAGAAGACAUCGUGUACCAAUCAUGGUUAGAUUGGGAAGGACGUCAAUUGAUCUAGACAAUUUUCAUGACAACUCGACUGCUCAAGAUAUUUCGAUUGAGACCAUCAAAAUUCAUCCAAAAUACACCAGAAGGUCUCAUCAAAAUGACAUAGCUAUAAUAAAAUUAAAAGCACCUUAUAUGCCUUCAAACUCUAUUAAACCAAUUUGCAUAUCAACAAAAGAAGCAAGUUUGCCUAAAGACUUCAUGAUUACAGGCUUUGGUCGAGUUAAUCAGUUUGCUAAGAAGCGAUCAAAUUGGCUCCUCAAAGGAAAAGUAAACGAAUAUCCAAUUGAGAAAUGUAAAGAAAAAUUAUCAAACACAGCUGGAAUUCAAAUCAUUGAUUCUCAGUUUUGUGGUGUAAGUAACACAGGAGUAGACGUUUGUCGAGGAGAACCUGGAAGUCCACUGAUUUUCAAACAAAAUAAUUAUUUUCAUCUGCAAGCAAUCACAUCAUUUGGAAUGGCAUGUGGCACAACCUAUCCAACUAUUUACACUAGAGUUUCUAAGUUUCUUGAAUGGAUAGAAGAAGAAAUGGAUUCGCUUGAAUGAAACUAGAUGAUCAAUAAC